UUAUCGCUCCACUCACACCCACUCUCUCUCCCCGUCAGCCCCUCUCUAUAUCUGCUUGCCUUGCCCUCACACACAAAACCAUGGCGGACAGAAACAGCCGGUUCAGUGUUAAGAAGAAAGAGAAGAAGGUUGAGAACAAAGGCAGUGAUGACAAAGAGAAGGAGAAGGUGAAGGAGAAGACCCUGAAGAAGCCUGAAAAGCCUGUGAAGAAGCCGGAGAAGACUCCCGAGCAGCCCAAAGCGGACGAGAAGAAGAAGAACGGGGAAAGUGAGGCGGCUGCGGGAGCAGAGGCAAAGAGCAGUGAGGAAAAUGGAGAGUUUCAGCCCAUCGAGCUGCCUCCCUUUGAAAUCGUCACAGGGGAACAGAUGAGUCCAUUCUACUUCAAGUUUCAGUUCAGGAAUGUGGAGUACUCAUCUGGGAGAAACAAAACCCUGCUGUGCUUCAGAGUGGAUGCGGCAGGAGGCAGCACAGAGCCCCUGAAAGGUUAUAUGGAAGAUGAACAUGCCACCGCUCAUGCUGAAGAGGCUUUCUUUCAACAGGUGCUUCCUAAUCCGUCCCAGGAGUGUGAAGUGACCUGGUACGUUUCAUCCAGUCCGUGUGCAGAAUGUGCAGCCAAGCUGACCACCAUCCUCCAGCAGCGCAAGAAGCUCCGUCUCUGCAUCUUCUGCUCCCGCCUCUUUGACUGGGAGCAGCCGGAAAUCGUGGAGGGCCUCAAGGCCCUGGCAGGGGCCGGAUGCAAGCUGCGAAUGAUGAAGCCAUGUGACUUCCUGCAUGUUUGGGAAACAUACGUGGAGAAGGAGGAGGAGAGCUUCACACCAUGGGAAGACUGUCAGGAGAACUACAACUACUACGUGGAGAAACUGAUGGAUAUCCUCAAGUAGAUCUUCAUCAGUCUGAAAGAUCUCCGGGCAGACUCAAGAGCAGCCCACUUGUGAGGUUUUCACUGGUUCAGUGUGUGUUUUAUUGCAGAUCAGUAUAAGCUUGAAUGAAUACUGAUGGCAAGGUUUUAUACUUUUUAUUUUGAUAAUUUCAUAGUGAGAAUAAAAAUAUGUUUUAACUUGUAGAUAUGAAACAAGUGGAUACACUGUAUGAGCACAAGAUGCAAAAGUAUUUACACCAUUAAAUAAGCU